AUGAAGUUCUCCAACAAAGUGGAUGAAUACAGGGUGAAACGAAGGGAGAAGAUGAAAUUGCCAGGGACAAAACGCAGACGUCUUAUCCUAAAACAAGAAAGAGCAAUGCAAAUGAAUGCAUCCGAGGCAUCUGAGGGGUCCACCUAUCAAUCAGAGAUUGGUUUAGGUACAGAGGCUGACAUUGAACAGAUUCCGAAUCCCAUUCCCAAGCCAAAUUUUGGUGCUGUCCAAAAGCUGAAGAACAUGGAGGCAAAGUACAUUAUAUUUGAUCUUGAAACUACAGGCCUUAUCAGACAAGGAGCUAUGCCUCAUAUAACUCAAAUUGGCGCAGUGGAGAUAGACUCUGGAAAUGUGUUUUCAACUUAUGUUCAGCCAAAGAUUCCAAUAGAGCCCGGAGCAGAAGAAACAACAGGAAUAGUCUGUGAUGGGACCUCUGUAUUUGCACAUGGAUCCAAAGUUACUGCAGUCCCCAUACGUGAAGCGAUAUUGAACUUCCUCAAGUGGCUAGGUACAUUUGGCAAAUAUGGAAUUAUACUGGUUGCUCACAAUGGCCGUGUGUUCGAUUUCCGUGUCAUUUCCCAUGCCAUUGACUGUAUUGGAUUACAGGAAGACUUUCUAGAAAUAGUGUCUGGUUUUACUGACUCAUUGUCUUUGAUUCGUUCAAAACAUAAGAAACUUGAAAAGUAUUCACAGAUUUUUUUUAGCUAA